GUUGGUCAUAAUGUUUAAUGAACUGAAAUAAAAGAUCCCAGAAAUGUUCCAUACACACAAAAAUAUUAUUUAUCUUAAUUUUGUGCACAAAUUUGUUUACAUCUCUGUUAGUGAGCAUUUCUCCUUUGCCAAGAUAAUCCAUCCACCUGACAGGUGUGGCAUAUCAAGAAGCUGAUUAAACAGCAUGAUCAUUACACAGGUGCACCUUGUGCUGGGGAUAAUAGGUCACUCUAACAGGUGCAGUUUUGUCACACAACACAAUGCCACAGAUGUCUCAAGUUGAGGGAGUGUGCAAUUGGUAUGGACAGGCAUAAGUUACGAAUAACGAACACAAUGUGCGUUUUAUCGAUGGCAAUUUUAAUGUACAGAGAUACCGCGAUGAGAUCCUGAGGCCCAUUGUCGUGCCAUUCAUCCACCCACCAUCACCUCAUGUUUCAGCAUGAUAAUGCACGGAUCUGUACCCAAGGAUCUGUACACAAUUGCUGGAAGCUGAAAAUGUCCCAGUUCUUCCAUGGCCUGCAUAUCCAACAGACAUGUCACCCAUUGAGCAUGUUCGGGAUGCUCUGGAUCGACGUGUACAACAGACAGCGCAUUCCAGUUCCCGCCAAUAUCCAGCAACAGAUGCAUAGCUGUAUUCCCAGUAAUGUGAAAACCCUAAAUUAGGGCCUAAUUAAUUUAUUUUAAUUGACUGAUUCCCUUACAUGAACUGUACGUCAGUAAAAUGUAUUACAUUGUUUCAUGUUGCGUUUAUAUUUGUUUCUAUAUAUGUUCUGACCAUGACAGUUUACAAUCUAAGGUAAAACCAAGUAAUUUAGUCUCCUCAACUUGAAUGUUGCAUGUAUUCAUUUGUUCAGUGUAGCAGGCUAUAGAGAAAUGAAUGUGAUAUUUGAGGCUCUCUCUCUCACUAACUGAUUGUAAACACAAACAUAUAUUUCAGUUUGUGAGUGUGAUAUAAGGGUUGGACAUGUGUUUAUUUCGACGUUAUAAAAUAACAUGUUUUUUUUGUUUAAUAAACAAUGGCAACACCACCAUGUUAACGGUCGAUUAGAUUCAUUAGGAUCCCCGUUAGCCGACGACAAUGGAGACAGCUUGUCUUACUGGGGGUCUGACACAUCAUAAAAAAAUACAUUACAGAGUAAAUACUUCACAAUGUACACACGUUUAAAAACAGUAACAUGUAGGUUGUGUAUGUGUGUAUAUCUAUCAGUUACACGUGUCAGUACAUACACACAACCAGUAGGUCACAUGGGGGAGAGGCGCGAGGUGUUGUUUUAUUUGUUUUUUGAAACCAUUAAUUCCGAUCUGAGCCUUUUCAUGUCGGAAAAACGACAUUAGUGUCCGACUUUCGGCUGUUGGCCCCAUCUCUGACUUCACUCCUCCUCGACUUUCGUCUACAUUCAGUUGCAUAUCCUUUCCGCUCAAAUUCCCAAUAGUGUUCACCUGUCGGCGUAAUAAACAUACGCAUCAGGAUUAAACUGUAUAUGACGUCCCACUUUUCUCUGACUUCACUCUACCUGCAGAGGAUGUGAUGCAAUGUAGCGCUCAUCAUUUAUGCUGAUAUCAUUUCGUGGCGCACGACCAAUGAGAAGUCUCCACUUUCACCACCUGCUAGGAAGACAAUUCUAUCAUUAUUCACCCUCCGUUUAAUAACAACGAACUUCCCAAGUGUGUUCAACCAUUACCAAGGCAUUGUUUCUCACUGGCAUCGGACACGAAACAGUUCAGUUGUGUCGUUUCGCUUCCCGUGGGUUGAAAUUGCACCAGGAUUGUUCUUCAGAAUUGUUUAUCGACGCGAAUAUAAUUGGCGAAUAUUUCCAAAGUGGCGCAGUAAGGAAGGUGGUUGUUGUGAAGAAUGGAAAGGCCCUUGGAUGUUCUGUCAAGAGCUGCGUCGUUAGUGUAUGCGGAUGAUGCGAAACGCGAGGCAGCGCGUCGAGGUGAUCCCAUGAUGCACCAGUCCAUGUCCUUAUCAUCGUCUGGCGUCUCCAACCAUAGCCACCGGACGGGCCAUCCACCCAUCAGCCCCAGCAAGAGGAAGCACAGCCGUAGCCUCAGCACAGGACAGGACCAACAGGACAAUGAUGACCAAGACUGUGACAACCAACACGUGGCCAAGAUGAGCCGGCUGUUUGCUGCACAGCUAGGCAAGCCUUCCAAUGGCGACUUCCGUAGUACUAAGGAGCCUCGGGACUGUAGCCGCACCCCCAUGGAGCGAGCCGCCGCCCCCUCCAUGGUUCUCCAUGGCAACCACCACCUGUACGCCCCACACCACCACAUGCCCAGCCUGGCCAUGGACCAGCCUCUCGCCCUGACCAAAAACAACAUGGAUGCCGCCCGUACCUUUGUCAUCUCACCAACUGUCAGCCCUGUGGAACGCCAGCAGAAUCGUCCGUCAGUGAUAACGUGCGCUCCGGCCAAAAACCGGAACUGUAACCUGCCUAACAACUACAGUAGACCAGCCUGCAACUCCAACUCUGCGUGUGUUGACCCGGUGAUCGAGGAGCAUUUCCGGCGCAGCCUGGGGAGGAACUACAAGCAGCCGGAACCCGUCUCCAACUCUGUGUCCAUCACCGGCUCUGUGGACGACCAUUUCACCAAGGCCUUAGGAGAGACCUGGCUGCAGAUCAAAGCCAAAGGAAGCUCCUCCUCCUCCUCCCCUGACUCCUCCCCAAACAGUCACAUGGUCAACCACAGCCACUCUCCAUCCAUUGUGUCCUGAUGGGAGGGGCUUAGAGCCAGCUAAAACCCGCCCCCCUGCCCCAUCCCUUAUUCACUGUAACACCACGGGUUACACCGUCCUGCUGGAGAGUUACUGGCAAGGCAGGGUGUUUUCAUUUAGCUCCAGCCCUGUUGUAACUAACACCUGAUUCAACACGGUCCCGAUGACCAGCUGAUGUAGAAGAAUCACUCAUAUUCACCAAACUUGUUUUCAUUUAGUUAUAGUGUGCACUAACAAAUACGACCACAGGUGUGUUUCAGAGCAGGGCUGGAGGAAAACCCUGCGCGUCCAAUGUCUCUCCUUCCAGGAAGAGGGUUGGCCUUGUUCCCUGGUGUAAGACUGCCCUGCAUGAUGUAACCCCCGUUAGAGAGCUGUGCCUGUAGCUAGGGAUAUAGCCAUGUAUAUAACCACGGAGUAAAAGGGAAGCAUUUUCUUUUCUCUACGUUUUGACUUUUGGCAUUUAUUUAGUUUUGAAUUGACUUUUUAUGUAGAAGUAGGUUUUGCUUCUUUCUGUUUGUGUUAUUGGACGGCUGAGAUUUUGAAGAGAAAAGCCGAGUGUGAAACGAUUUGUUUCUGUGUACAAUGAGAUGUACGGAUUCAAGAUGGAGACGCAUCCCAACCAACCACAUGCCUUCGUUACCAAAGAGAACUCUGAUGCAAAUCUGUUACCUCUUUUUAAAAGAAAGAAAAUGCAUUUUAUUUCCCCCAAUCUUUUAGUUUGAUCCCUCACCCCUCCACCCCUACUUUCCUCACCCCUCCACCCCUACUUUCCUCUCCCUCACCCCUCCACCCCUACUUUCCUCACCCCUCCACCCCUACUUUCCUCUCCCUCACCCCUCCACCCCUACUUUCCUCACCCCUCCACCCCUACUUUCCUCUCCCUCACCCCUCCACCCCUACUUUCCUCUCCCUCACCCCUCCACCCCUACUUUCCUCACCCCUCCACCCCUACUUUCCUCACCCCUACUUUCCUCACCCCUCCACCCCUACUUUCCUCUCCCUCACCCCUCCACCCCUACUUUCCUCUCCCUCACCCCUCCACCCCUACUUUCCUCUCCCUCACCCCUCCACCCCUACUUUCCUCUCCCUCACCCCUCCACCCCUACUUUCCUCACCCCUCCACCCCUACUUUCCUCUCCCCUACUUUCCUCUCCCCUACCCCCCUUAUAGCUCUUCUGUCUCUCUCUCUUCGGCACUUGAGGUGUGGCAGGUAGAUUAUGUCUCUCUCUGCGACAAUGUGGUGUGGCAGGUAGAUUAUGUCUCCUCUCUCUGCGACACUGUGGUGUGGCAGGUAGAUUAUGUCUCCUCUCUCUGCGACACUGGUGUGGCAGGUAGAUUAUGUCUCCUCUCUCUGCGACACUGUGGUGUGGUAGGUAGAUUAUGUCUCCUCUCUGCGACACUGGUGUGGCAGGUAGAUUAUGUCUCCUCUCUCUUCAGCACAGUGGUGUGGUAGGUAGAUUAUGUCUCCUCUCUCUGCGACACUGUGGUGUGGUAGGUAGAUUAUGUCUCCUCUCUGCGACAAUGUGGUGUGGCAGGUAGAUUAUGUCUCUCUCUGCGGCACAGUGGUGUGGCAGGUAGAUUAUGUCUCUCUCUGCGGCACGGUGGUGUGGUAGGUAGAUUAUGUCUCCUCUCUCUGCGACACAGUGGUGUGGUAGGUAGAUUAUGUCUCCUCUCUAGGUAGGUAGAUUAUGUCUCCUCUCUAGGUAGGUAGAUUAUGUCUCCUCUCUCUGCAGCACGGUGGUGUGGUAGGUAGAUUAUGUCUCCUCUCUCUGCGACACAGUGGUGUGGUAGGUAGAUUAUGUCUCCUCUCUCUGCGACACAGUGGUGUGGUAGGUAGAUUAUGUCUCCUCUCUAGGUAGGUAGAUUAUGUCUCUCUCUAGGUAGGUAGAUUAUGUCUCUCUGGUUUGAUUGGUCAAGUAAAGGUAGUGCUUACAGAAUAAGGUGCAUAUUUUGUUUUUAAAUAGCUGGUAUCUAUUCAUGUCUAUUAGACAUUUCAAUCUUAUUACAAGUUACAUUGUUUUUGUUUUAUAUAUUUGUUUUCAGCAAUAACAACAACCGCUGCAUUUACUGCUGGUCCAGUUAGACUCCAUGUUAAUAUGUAGUGUUCUUCAGUAAUAUCCAUGUUAAUAUGUAGUGUUCUUCAGUAAUAUCCAUGUUAAUAUGUAGUGUUCUUCAGUAAUAUCCAUGUUAAUAUGUAGUGUUCUUCAGUAAUAUCCAUGUUAAUAUGUAGUGUUCUUCAGUUCUCUCUGGUAGCAACCAGCUAGCGACACAGAGGACAGCCUCCGGACAGGCCUUCUGUACUCUUCUAUAUGAUCCGUUUGGAUUCUAAAUCAAUCAUAUGUUUUCCGUAACGUUACCGUAAUCCUUCUAUAGCGUUAUUGAUAAUCCCUGGAUGCUACUCUGCGUUUUUUUGUUUUGUUUUGUUUUGUUUUUUUGCAUGACUGAACGCAACAAACCAGCCGACGAGAUCGACCCAGAGUCGACCUUUUUAACUUUUAUAUCUUCUUUUUUUCUUUUUGUCGACUUAGUUUUUUUUAUUUAAUUUAGUGUUUUCCAUGUCGUUGUUGUUUCUACUUCUCUGAUGAACGACUGUGGGUGUGUAGCGGUAAUGCAUCUUAUGAGCACAAGAUGUUGAAAAUAAGUCUUUCAAAACUAAUUUUGCUCACUGGGUAGAUGGGCAGCUGCAGCUUGUGAAACUAACUCCUGUACCGAGGCAGCAGACAUUCCUUCCUAUAGGGAACCUAGGACAGGUCUUGGAUUCGUAUCAGUAUUUGUAUAGCUACUAACUUAGUGACAGAAAGGUGGUGAUUUAGUGUUGCAACAUUCUGGAAACUUUCCCCUGAAAAUUCCUUGAUUUUUCUCCGGGAAAUCCUGGUUGGAAAAUCCACGGAUCUUCCAAGCAACCAGAAUUGAUAGAAAACCUGAGAAUUUUGGGGGAUGUAACCGUAACGUGCAAAUCUAGUGGUGAAGGUGACAGAACAUGGUUAAAGCUCUAGGGUUGAUGAAGCACUGUCUAUACAGCUCCUAUAUACCCUAACAUUCCAUCAUCCCAAGUCAAAUCUAUAGUUCCUGUAACUACAUCCAAGGCUACACGUCUUCCAUGAAACCCUAUUCCUAAUAUAAAGCUUCACACUUUGUCUGGCCACAAUUAGUGCAUAAGGAUUAGGGAUGUCAUUAGGGACGGAGCCUAAACCAUAUUCUCUCAGAGAACGGAUCCAGCUGAACCUAAACCAUAUUCUCUCAGAGACUGGAUCCAGCUGAACCUAAACCAUAUUCUCUCAGAGACUGGAUCCAGCUGAACCUAAACCAUAUUCUCUCAGAGACUGGAUCCAGCUGAACCUAAACCAUAUUCUCUCAGAGACUGGAUCCAGCUGAACCUAAACCAUAUUCUCUCAGAGAACGGAUCCAGCUGAACCUAAACCAUAUUCUCUCAGAGACUGGAUCCAGCUGAACCUAAACCAUAUUCUCUCUGAGACCGGAUCCAGCUGAACCUAAACCAUAUUCUCUCAGAGAACGGAUCCAGCUGAACCUAAACCAUAUUCUCUCAGAGACCGGAUCCAGCUGAACCUAAAUCAUAUUCUCUCUGAGACCGGAUCCAGCUGAACCUAAACCAUAUUCUCUCUGAGACUGGAUCCAGCUGAACCUAAACCAUAUUCUCUCAGAGAACGGAUCCAGCUGAACCUAAACCAUAUUCUCUCAGAGCUGAUCCAGCUGCUAGUCAGUUGAUGUUAUAAUUAUUGACUUUAAUCUGAGUUCAGAUUUAAACAAAAACUAAUGUAUAGUUCUUCAAAGAUGACUGGUUGAUUUCCACUUUGUACUUUCGGUAAAUGUUAUGAGAGAACUAAAAUGUUGAUAAUGUCCUUUAAAAUAAUUAUCAUUUAUAAUGUGCAUGAACAGAAAGGGAGGAGGCGUAGUGUCCAGAGGUCAUUUCAUUAUAAAAACGUGACCAUAGCACUACAGUCGCACAUUUCCGCUGACCUGGGAAUUUUUUUUUUUUUUUUUGGAAAGCUGCCAGAAUUUUUCAAUAAUUUUUGGGAGGCUCUCACUCGUUCUGCUAUGGCAACACAAUGCCCUACACGCUGUAGGAAAAUCACUUAAUAAAAAAACAACUUUUUAUAUAUAGUUAAUUAUGAGACCAUCAUUACGCUGUGCGUAACGAUUGUACAGAGAAAAUUGUAGGUAUUUUUUGAGGAUCAAUUUGUUUCAUGACAUGUAGCUAUUUAAUUUCACCCCCUUUUUUUUGUUUGUGUAUAAAAUAAAUGUUUUAAAAAGUU